CGGCAGCAUGAUGUUUAAUACUCCCGGGCAAUCUAUGCAGCCUGAAAGUAGUGCUAUCAGGAGAUAGUAACAUAGUAACAUUGCUCUGCCUGCUGCAAUAAAGUUAGCCAGCAUCCGAUGCACCAGCCCAUCUGGUUGAUAAUGUGUUUGUUUACGCCAUCCACUCCUCAUUCGCUCCGGUGGGCAUGCUCCCUGUUUCGCUGAGACUUAGUCUACAGCAUCUUAUAUAAAGUGAUCACAAGCUGAGUGUUUGGGAUCGUCAUUGAAACACUUCAGACAGGAGACUCCAGAGCAAUGAUGAUGCUAAAAUGGUGGUGAAAGCUGAUGGGGGAUCAUAAGCCUGAAUCUUCCAAAGCCAAGAAGAAAAUCCAACAUUUCCUGCAUCCUUAGCUCUAAUGAACUAUUAGGCUUAAAGGGGUUCUCCACCAUAAGGUUUCAGAAAGUGAACUAGAUGGAAAUAGAAAACAAAACAUUGCUGAAUGAUUUUAUUCUACUUGGAUUCCUGGAAGGACGAGUUGUUUGUAUUAUUUUGAUCGUGAUCGUUUACAUAAUAAUCGUUUUAGGAAAUUUUACCGUGUUUAGCAUCAUCCAGGUGGACAGUCAUCUCCAGACGCCCAUGUAUUUCUUCUUGAGUUGUCUAUCGUUAUUAGACGUCUGUUACUCUACCGUCACCCUCCCGGCUAUGCUGGCCAACGCUAUCACCGGAAACAGGAGGAUAUCCUUCCAUAGCUGUUUCACACAACUCUAUUUCUUUGUCUCUUUAGGAGGAUCCGAAUGUCUUCUUCUGGGUGCCAUGGCGUAUGACCGAUAUGUAGCCAUAUGUAACCCCCUUCAUUACCAUUCAGUUAUGAAUAAGAGGUUCUGCUCAGGCUUUGUUGCCGGGUGCUUGGCCUGUGGGUGGUUGAAUUCCGUGUUCCACACCUUGAUGACCAUGAAGCUGACCUUCUGUGGAGAUCAUCACAUCAACCAUUUCUUCUGUGACGUCCUUCCGAUGUUGGAAGCAGCUUGUAGUGACAUAGACAGUAUCAAACUGUGGUUACAUGUGGUGGCCAUAUUUAUAGGGAUGUCUCCUUUCCUACUUGUGAUGGUUUCCUACAUACGUAUCAUUGCCACCAUCCUGAGAAUCCGCUCCUCAGAAAAAAGGAAAAAAGUGUUUUCCACGUGUUCCUCUCACCUCAUGGUUGUUACAAUUUUUUAUUUUACAGGUAUCUUCACCUACAAUGGUCCUAGUUCUGGAGAUUCCUUCAUCCUUGUCCAAAUUUCGUCUGUUCUCUAUGGUAUACUGUCCCCAUUGUUAAACCCUGUUAUCUACUGUUUGAGAAACAAAGAGGUGAAAAAAGCCUUGAAGAAAGCAAUGACUAGACCAUAGACUGCGGUGAUGAUGGUGAUAAAACUAUACCGCUAA